CCUAAUUGGAAAAAUCUCUUUCCAUUAUUAUCUCGUUGUUUCACUCAUUCAUGUCUGAACCGUUUUUUUUUUAAGCUUUGCUUCUGUCAGUUGGACAAGAAACUCAUCUCUCUCUCUCUCUCUCUCUCUCUCUGAAACCAUAGAAACAAGAAGAAAAAGAAAAAGAAAAGUAUCAAAAUAUUCAAAGAAAAAUCAUGUCUUCCCCAAGCAAACGCAGAGAGAUGGACUUGAUGAAAUUGAUGAUGAGUGACUACAAGGUAGAGAUGAUCAAUGAUGGCAUGCAAGAAUUCUAUGUAGAUUUCAAUGGACCCAGUGAAAGUCCUUAUCAAGGAGGUGUGUGGAGGAUAAGAGUUGAGCUACCAGAUGCUUAUCCAUAUAAAUCUCCCUCCAUAGGCUUUGUUAAUAAGAUCUACCACCCAAAUGUUGAUGAGAUGUCAGGUUCAGUUUGUUUAGAUGUUAUUAAUCAGACCUGGAGCCCCAUGUUUGAUCUAGUAAAUGUUUUUGAAGUAUUCCUACCACAGCUUCUACUGUAUCCCAACCCAUCAGACCCAUUGAAUGGAGAGGCUGCAGCUUUGAUGAUGCGCGACCGAGCUUCUUAUGAACAAAGGGUGAAAGAAUACUGUGAGAAGUAUGCCAAGCCAGAAGACAUUGGGGCUGCCGCAGAAGACAAAUCUAGUGAUGAGGAGCUGAGUGAAGAUGAAUCUGAUUCCGGUGAUGAGCAAGUGGCAGGCAGAGCUGAUCCAUAGGUGUUCAUGACCUGUCCUUUAAUUGUAUCUCCAUCUGUACAUGGUGUUUUAGCUUCUGUUAAUUCAACCCCAACUCCAAAGAAUAGACUUGUUUAUUGGGUCUGGAAAAAGUUCCCUUAGCCUCUGUUAGUUUCCUGUCAUUUGUAAAUAAUGUACCAUAGAUUUCAUGUUGUAAUUUUUUCAUUUGCUUCUUUGUUGUUGGGAUUUCAAUAAAAGCAUGGUAUUUGGUGAUUGUAA